AUCCCUAAAACCGCAUAAACAUUUUCUUGUUUCUUUGUGGUACGUGUUCUUGACUUAUAGAAAUGUAGAAUUCAUUUAGACCAAGCAAAUGCACAGACCAAAAUUAUGGCUCAGUCAUUGUCCCCUACAGCAGCAGCUACACUAACCUCACUAUCAACCAAGAAGAAUGCCCGUUUGAGCUCUUUUAGAGUCUUGGCUUUUCAUCAAGGCGAAUUGGACCCAAAUAUUGUCUCUCGCAGGAGUUUAGCAUUGGGCUUGGCCGGAGUUGCGGUGGCGCUGAAUGCAGGUAACAAGAAGGCAAAUGCUGCUGCAAGAAGGCCUCCACCACCCCCACCAGCGGAGAAAAAGGAUCCAAAUGUCAGUGGUGUCUUGGCUAAAGUAAUAGCUAGCAAGAGGAGAAAGGAGGCUAUGAAAGAGUCCAUGGCCAAGCUAAGAGAAAAAGGGAAGCCUAUCAAAGAACCAUCUGAAUAGUUUGUUUACUAUGCAUGUAUAUCAAGAGAUUUUGUUGCUCUUGCUCGUCUUUAGUUUACAUAGUUGAGUUAUAAGGUUUGCAAAAGUAGAAGUCAAUUCUAUCAAUAACGAGAUCAAUGGUGGAAAAACAAUCAUAAAAGCCAUUCAUUUA